ACGCCACUCCCAGGCAAGGGCAGGUAAAAUAUUUAGAUGGUAUGUAGGCUUUGGUAAGCAAAUGAUCAAUAAUUCCCACUUGAAACCCUGAGUCUAGCACCAGCUGUUGAAAAAUACUGCAUGUGAAUCCAGAGGAGUUGCCCGUCAAGUUAAACUGCUUGUACUUGCAUUACCUGGAAUAACUAUGAGUUCAGAACAAAGAACGUACCUCCAGCUUUGACUGCUCGUCACUCUUCUGAAAUGCUGUGGACUCUUAUGCUUCUUUUAUAUGCAGCUACAUGUUGUGGCCAGAGCACAUGUGGAUACUAUGAUGUAGCAGAUUUUCUUGGAGUUCUGAAUCAGUCUACUCUUCUUAUGAAUAUCCGACCUGUCAGAGACUGGAGAGAACCCACCCUGGUAUCCAUGGACAUGACCUUCCGAGGGGUUCUGGAUAUGGAUGAAAAGUUACAGAUAAUGACAACAUUGUUGGACAUUAAAAUGGUAUGGCACAAUGAGUUCCUAUCCUGGGAACCAAGUAAUUUCUGUGACAUAAAACGUAUCUUCAUUCCAGAGGGGUCAGUCUGGAUUCCUGACAUCACUAUAUCUGAAAUGACAGAGGAUGACUCUCUUGAUGUCCUAUAUAUGGAGCUCAAUUACAAUGGCACCAUUCUGAGAAGAAAAACACUUAAGGUCGUGACCACAUGUCCUCUUGACCUGUACAAGUUUCCAUUUGACAAACAGAAAUGUAAUUUGACCUUUGGCAUGAGCAUAAAUCCAGGUAUUGAUGUGCAGUUGAUUCCCAUUUCUAAUGCUGAAAAAGUAACUCGAUUGUCAAAAGAACAAUUUUCAAAGUCAGAAUGGGAUCUCACACAAGUAGAUAUUAUGCAUUUAAAUGUCUCUAAAUAUGGGGAGGAAUGGAGUAAAGUCAUUUAUCAGGUCCUUAUAAGGAGAGCUCCCAUUCUCUAUGUCAUCAAUCUUAUUAUACCGGCCUGUUUGCUUGUGGUGGUAGACGUAUCAAGUAUGUUUAUUCCCAUGGAGGGUGGAGAGCGCCUAGGAUUUAAGAUAACCAUUGUGCUUGGCUUCUCUGUGCUUCUAUUGAUUCUAAAUGAUUUCCUGCCCAACACAGACAAUCCACCUAUACUGGGUGUUUUCUGUAUGAUAUGUCUGCUCAUUAUGAUCAUUAGUAUUGUUGACUCUAUCUUCAUAUCAUACAUGUUGCACAUUUCUUCUGUGCGGCCAGAUGUACCAGAAUUUAUAAAGCUUUGGGUUCUAAAACGACUGGCGUUUGUCCUUAGAAUUAAUAUAAAGAAGGAUUUGGACUCCAUAGUUGUCGGGAGCAGUAACAAAGCUUCAGAUGAAAAUCUGGCACUCACUGAAUCAGAGAAAGAAACCAACAAGCAUCUCUCAAAAAAUGGCAAAGACAGCGCAGAGAUUAAACUACUCAAAAGAUUGCUAUUGGAACUGCUCAUGGUUCGAAGACAUCUUAUCGUCUCAAAAAAAGAGGAGGAGGCAAAAUCUGAGUGGAAUCUGGUGGCUUUUGUCUUGGACAGGUUCAUCCUCAUCCUUUACCUCCUCAUUGUGGUCAUUAUUGUCGUCAUAGUGGUCCUUGUGUGGGCGAUGUAACAAUUCCAGCCUAAAAAACCCUGGAUGCUGUUCACCGGAAUGAUAAGAUGUGGUAAAGGAUAAUUCCACAUUAGAAGAUAACCAGGACCAUCCAUGAAACUCCCUAGACAGGGGCUCAUCCACAAAUAUGUGUAUUUUAAAACUAGCUAUUUAAAAUGUAUCUUUGGCCUAAACCUUUUUUGAUCAAAAACUUUUUUUUUUCCGGGUAAACAAGGUUUGGAAUCUCAAAUUUUUUAUUGUUGUGUGUGUUCCUGCUGGAGAGAACUUCCUCAUUGCUCAUCAUCUAAUAACAUUCCACUGAAACAUACGUUAGUAUUUUUGGAUUUAGUAGUACAGUAUCCCAUGGUUUUGGGGCUGCACCCGGAAGCUUAAAAAACUUUCUGAAGUUAGAACCACUUUAAUUCUGUGCCUAGUGAGAAUCAACAUUCUGUUUAAAUUCAAGUUGGGGAUAUGUAAAAUGUUUAUCGAUGCAUUGAUUUAUAUGUAUAUAUGUAUUUAUUAGUAUUUACACUGUAAUAACAACAUUAUUUAAGCAUCA